AUGAACCAGACCGCCCUGAGUGCAGUUCGGAGUCAUUAUGCCGCACAUCUCACCAGCGGAAACGUCGCAGCUGAAGCCUUGAAGGCCUACCUCAUCUCUCACCCGUGCUCCCCCUCGCUGCUCCCCCGAUCCAAUUCUCGCUUCUACUCUUCCCAGCCCGCCCCACGGACAGAUGACCCUGCGUCGUACAACGCCCAAGAUGUGAGCGAGCGGGACAAGAGAAGCUCUUUUACCGACAGAGCUAAGCAGCGUCUGGCGAAUAGGGAGUUCUUCACCAGUCUCCUGAGCUCGGCAGCUACCAAAAGAGAUGCAAAGGCGUACAUCUCGCGGCUUAAGAGCCCGACAAAGGCAGCUCCGGAGCAGACACAUGCUCCAUCAAGAUCGCAAGCUCAGGCCAAUACAGGAGAUCUCCUCGGUCUAACGAGAGCCUCGGAGGAGAGCCCGGUGUUUAAACAGUUCGAAAAUGGACAGCACUCUGCUGUUGAAGAGCUGGAAACCCUUCAUGUUGCCCUGGUCAAGAUCAGCAACAUUAAUGCCCUGGCUGACGAGAUUGUGAAAGGUAUCGCCCAGACCUUGUCUUCUCUCUCCCGUCUCAGUAUGGCACCUUGUGUCGUCUUGGAGGUGCCUCAAGAGAAGAGCCCACAAGGAACACGAGAAAAUGUCACCCAGGCUGCGGAUAAACUGGUUGCUGCCAUCGACGCCAUCCAUCCCUCUGGAGCAAGAAUACUGGACAAUCUGUUGAGUUUCGGUGCCGACGGCAGGCCUCGAGUUUUUCUGCGAAAGCUGUUGACCCGCCCUCUACGGCGGGGAAGGAUACCAAUCGCUCUGCCAGUGGCUUAUUCUGCAGAACAGUCACAAGCCGUCUCAAUCACGGCUGACGAGGCACUCCUAGCUUUGACUAGAGAACUUUCCGGCCACAACUUCAGCCCUCGAGUAGAGGAACAGCCCGAGCAGGCGGCUGAAAAGCUCGAGUCGACGCGUAAGCAAAUAUCAUUGGAUAGGAUCAUCGUUGUUGAUGAGACUGGGUCAAUCCCGAGCACAAAAUCCAUUGACAAGAGACAUGUUUUUGUCAAUCUGGAGCAAGAGUAUGCCGCCUUGCAGGAGGAACUGAGAAGCUCGACAGAGGGAAGUGUUUCUCAGAAACAUGCGUCGAAUCUGAAACUAUUUCGCGACGCGCUGAAAAUGCUGCCCCCUUCCUCAUCCGGAUUGCUGACAACUCCACUUGAAGCCGCCAACACUGCAAGGUUGAGCGACAACGGAGUGUCCGGUGUCGGGACUAGAAGGCAAAAGAAUCCUUUAAUCCAUAACUUAUUGACCGACAAGCCGGCAUAUUCAUCAUCUUUGCCUACUGGGAGAUUGGCACAAGAUGCAUCCAUCCCGGUUACGACUUCGACCUUUGUAAAACGAGGUAUGCCGCUGACUAUCUUGCCCAAUCCAGAGGCACAAACCUGGACCGCCACGUCGAAGCCUCGUCUGCAAUUGACCGACCCUAGAAUUGACUUGGAUCAGCUUACAUACCUUGUCGACGACUCAUUUAACAGAAAGCUCGACGUGGAGGCGUAUCUGAAACGUGUCAAUGAUCGAAUCGCUGGAGUGAUUAUCGCAGGAGAAUAUGAGGGCGGUGCAAUUCUCACAUGGGAAACCCCGCCAGGUUGCUCCGACGACGACACAGACCGUCUAGUCCCGUACCUGGACAAGUUCGCUGUCCUCAAGAAAUCUCAAGGGGCCGGGGGCGUGGCAGACAUUGUGUUUAACGCGAUGGUACGCACCUGCUUUCCCAAUGGCGUCUGUUGGCGGAGCCGCAAGGACAACCCCGUAAACAAGUGGUACUUUGAACGGUCGAGGGGGACGUGGAAGAUCCCGGACACAAACUGGACCAUGUUUUGGACCACGCCGGGCAUUUUCGACAACGGCCCACAACGAAGAUCGGGCAUUUUUCUCGACUACGAAGGUGUCUGUCGCACGGUGAAGCCCACCUGGGCGGACGGGAAGAAGAUUGCCGAUUGA